CACGAAGAAGAGCCUGAUGCGUACACGGAAGUAGGAGGCAGAUUGAGCUGUGACGCUGUUAAAGCUCCACUUUCCGAUCAUAGUCUGCAACGCGGAUUUUAACGUUCGCAUUGAGCUCUCAGUUAAGCGUGGUUUGCCUUCCUUUUCGAGCGCCAUGAGAUUUGUUUUCCUGGCAUGUGUUACAGUGGUGUGUUCCUCCAUGGUGAUCGGGGCUCCAGCACUUCUGAAUGCGGGUGAAGGUGCCUUAGUUUCAUCAAGCGCUAAAAAUGUCACACCUGAUCCGAAAGAUGUACCAAAUGUUGACCAUGAUGUAGUCCAGAAUCCACUUGAAAAAAAGAAGGCCCAGACAGGCUUAGCCUCAAGGACUCAGGCUAAACCUCAGACACAAGGCCAGAAGCCUAAAGAAGGUCACGGUUUGUCGGAAGAAGCUGGCAAGAGCAAAGCAACUCAGGGGGCUUCAAAGACAACACAGCAAAUCACAAAGGACCCAAAAUCAGGUGACCCUCCUCACAAGGAAGAAUCAGGAGGGCAGCAAGAGGAGGUUACAAAAUCUGAAAAAGAGGCUGCACGUGAGGCAAACACAGAGAAACAAUCAUCACAAAAGCCUGUAAAGGAGGACAACUCAGAAAAGCAGCCUGAAAAUAAGGACAAAUCAGAAGAACAGCCUGCAAAAGAGGACAAAUCAGAGGGAGAGCCAAAAAAGGAGCACAAAUCGGAAGAACAGAUAGAAGAGGACAAAUCAGAAGAACAGCCUGAAGAUGACAAAUCAGAAGAACAGACUGAAAAAGAGAUCAAAUCAGGAGGAGUGCCUGAAAAGGAAGACAUACCAAAAGGCGAGCCUGCAAAGAGAAAUGAAGCGAAAGGAGAUGCUGCAAAGGAAAAAUCAGAGGGAGAGCCAAAAAAGGAGCACAAAUCAGAAGAACAGCCUGAAAAAGAUGACAAGUCAGAAGAACAGACUGAAAAAGGGGACAAAUCAGGAGGAGUGCCUGAAAAGGAAGGCAUACCAGAAGGCGAGUCUGCAAAGAAAGACGAAUCGAAAGGAGAGGCUGCAAAGGACAAAUCAGAAAAACAGUCUGAAAAGGAGAACCUAUCAAAAGGCGAGCCUACAAAGAAGGACAAAUCAAAAGGAGAGGCUGCAAAUGACAAAUCAAAAGGAGAGCAUGACAAGAAGUCACAAACACACGACCCUGCCAAUGAGGCAAAAUCCGGAGGAGAUGAAGCCACUAAUAAAAAAAUGGGAGGCAACAAUCACUAUGGUGGAAGUGACGAAGUCGAAAGUAGUCAUUUCUUUGCAUACCUGGUCUCUACAGCGGUAAUGGUUGCAGUGCUUUACAUCGCCUACCACAACAAGCGCAAGAUCAUUGCAUAUGUUUUGGAAGGAAAGAGAUCAAGAUCUGCUCGUCGACCAAAAUCCACAGACUACCAAAAAUUGGAACAGCAGAUGUAAUCAGAUGCUGUAGCCUUGAGACACUGAAUCCACUGUGGGACGGUGUGAGAUGGAGUGUGCAUUUGAACUGACGUGCAUUUUGGUUGUAUUCUGUAGAUGGAUGCGGAUUGCAUGACUAUACGGAUGACAAUGUUGCCUUAUUGAUAGAGUAAAACGCAGUGCCAGUUAAAUAUGCAUGCGGUUUUUGCACCUAUGUCUUUAUUUCACUUUGAUGAUGAGAAACCAUGACUCAGGAUAUUUCAGCAGAAAAUGAAAGCUUUAUUUGUUUUUCGAUGUUAUUUACUUGCGUUGUUUGUACAGCUACGAUUGCACUGUGAGCCAAAUAAGAAACAUUUUGGGGGGAAAAAAAAUUAUACGGUAUAUAUUUUCUUUCAUGCAGAGAAGUGUAUAGGAAGAGUUGUCGUUCACAAAGUCUGGACACUAGCACUCCAUGAUAAAAAGACCCCUAAAUGCAAUGUUUUACUGAAUGAAAAUGUUUAAUAACUGAUAAAUGUAGUUACUUUGUUCGUGAGAGUUGAUGCGCUGCUCCUUGUUUUUUUAAAUAAAUAUAGUUAAUAUUGAAGUCGGUCAUGAGAGAGGAAGCAAGGUGGAUACUCUAAAAUCCCGGGGAUAAUGCCCAUGUGUAUAAUAUGCCCCACAUCCCCUCACAAUCACCCUUUAAUUAAAAAAUGUUUUUUUCUCCUUGUCUAUAAUUCUGUUCCCCCUAUUUGCUGGUAUAACUUCUUAUCCAAGUGAAUGAUAUGAAUGAAUAAAGAUUUUUUUUUUUUAAUCCCAACAAAGUGUUACUGCUUUUAAAUCCAGGUUAAAAAUUAUGCUCUUUCCCCAGACGUAUGACGAAGGUAUUUUUAACAUGUUUUCCCCCAAAAAAUUGUUCUUAUACACUCUGCGCCCUAUAAAUAUUAGAUUUUUUUUAAAGUUCUAUACUUUUAUUUUCAAUUGGUAACUUUGGAAAUGCCUUUAAAUUGUUCUUUUAUUAACCCCCCACUGAUAAAUAUUCUCAUAUAAUAUUGAGAAUAUUCACAUGAUUUUACUGCAGUUCCUUAAAUGUUUGAAUUGGUUCUGUAUUGGAUGAUGAUUAACCACUAUUCCGUUGAUCACCACAUAUGUAAAUUUGUAAAGAAAGAGGAGGUAAGGUCGCUAGUUCCUGAAAUGUUUGAAUUGCUUCUGUAUUGGAUUAUGUUUACAGACUAUCCUCUUGUAAAUUGCACAGCUUUUCUCCCGAUAUUCUCUGACUUGCUUUAAGUCAAAAUUGAACUGAUUUAUUUUCACAAGGAAAAUGAUCAACAGAUACGUUCCUUAAAAGUUGGUGGCACUUUGGGGGAGGAGAGGUGUAUGAAUAAUGGGGGAUAAAGAAUACAAAAGAUAAUCUUAUUUUCGAUUUGGGUGUGGAAAAUGGGUUCACUGUGUUAUAUUCAGUUUGACAUUAUUUUAUUGAAAGGAACACCAUUUACAAAUGGCAGUGGUCAUUAGCAACAAAGAAACGUAAAACCUGUCCGUUUCUGUGAAGCUAUCAUUUCAAUAUACCAGGCUAAACUAUUUGGAAUAUCCUGCUGUCCACAAUAAAUGUUUUGAUGAUCUUUAAA